AUGGCCGAACACAGGAUUCCAGUUCUCCUGCUCCUGGUAGUAGUAGCGGCGUCAUCUUUAGCCCAACAGAUUCUUCUCCAAAAGCACUACAUAAUUUAUGAAGUCAGAAACAUCGAAAAAACACCGGAGGAGGUCAAGGAGGAGAUGAAAGACACUGACAUCCUUUACUCAUUCAAGGCACUUGGCGCACCCUCAUAUCACAUUGUGGUAGAGGUCAACCCCCGGAACAUGAGAAAGUUAGAAGAGGUGGAGCUGAAAGGCAAGAUCAGGAUGGUCCCUGUGGUUAACAUGGUGGACGUGGCGGAGACCCUUGGCGUGUCAUGGCCUCCCUGUGGAGCAAGAUUGCCAGACGUCAACCUCACCCUCAUCGAGCGCACUCUUAACCAGGAAGGACUGACAUCGCAAGAGAGCGAGGCUCACCUGAAGGGGUUCAUGGAAGAGUUGAAGGACAGACUUCAGCAAUACAACUACCAGGCGUUCUUCACCAUUGGCGCUUCUCCACCUAAGAUGUACAUAUACAUCAACAUUCCAUACGAGGAGGUAGAUAACUUUGCCUUCAUAGGAAUAAACCAGUUUGGAGGACCUGCGGCUGUAAACACCACCGUUAGCUUCAUCUCAAGCUUCCCGAAGUAAGGCAGACCGCCCUUGCUACCUCCAGAGCCGGCUCGUCCUCGACGUACAAUCAUAAAGCCUCUGUUCACCAUUUUACCGUUUCCAGAUUCCCCACAGACUUCAUACACCAAUUCCACUGCUGAUUCCGGCCCAAAAGUCCGUGGAUGCUUCUUCUCCCUUUUUUUUUUUUUUUUUUGUUGACUGCUGCCAGAAAAUAUGGCUGACCGUGGGGCAGCCCGAGGUUUCGCUAAAGGAAGGGAAGCAAGAGGAGUUGUAGUCGCUUCUCUUUAUCUCCCCUUACGACACCUUUAACGAUACUUCUUUUGUUGAAAAAAGGACUCUGCCAAACGGUAAAACAGUCAGAGUCUCUGGGAUAGGCAGGCAGAACAACCGAAAAUAAACAAAUGUUAAAUGUACAUCAA